CAAUCAGACCUGGCGUUGUUUGGAGGUUGCUUGUUGACAAGAGGAGAAGGUGACUUCUCAGCCAGCGGAGUAGCACCUAAUCUAGAUCUUUACAGAGUCUAAGAAAGGCUGGAUUUUUGAGACAAAAGCAGCCAUGUCUUCAUUUGGGAGGGCAUUGGGAGUCCUUCGGACCGGAGCGCGACUGCUACGACGCGAACCCGCGAGAAUAACAAGCAGAAAGGCGAGUGGCGGACCGCACAUUGAGCCACAGUACAGACAAUACCCGCAGCUGACGAAGAAGCAGAAGUUUGAGUCGGAGCUUAUCAGUGGUGUCAUGUGGUUCUGGAUCCUUUGGCACUGCUGGCAUGACCCUGAUGCGGUUCUGGGUCACUUCCCUUGGCCGGAUGCUUCUGAAUGGACAGAUGAGGAGCUUGGUAUCCCUCCAGAUGACGAGGAAUGAGGUCACCACAGAGGAUUUGGUUUGCCGGGCGAGUCUUUGGGCUGUUCUGAAAGUCAUUGUUGUACAUAGACUUAAUAAACUUAUCUUUAAAUUAAAA